UGUGUGAUUAGCCUUCUCCCAACAGACGGGGAUUAAGCUUUUAGUCCGUAAUUAUGAUAAAGCAUACGUCAGCAGAUAUCCACCCAUUUCCGAGAGACAGUGGAGCGGAGGGAUGUCCUGCUAGGUGGCCGUGCUCUCUGUGAGACCCAGAAACAGGAAUAUCCUCCUGAGUCAGUGCCACGACGCUGACACACCACAGGCAGGCUGCCUCUGCUCCCAUAAUAAGCAUCCUAUGCUAUUCUGCUCAAGAUGGCGGUUCAGGCAGCUGAAAAGGACGGGAUAAACGUGGAAAAUGACUAUCUGAACGACUCGCUGGAGAACCCCGCCGGCCUCAUCUCACCUGACAAGGAGGAUUUAUCUCAUCUGCUGACGGUGCCAUUCAGCGGGCGAAUCCGUGGCGGCAUGCGGCCGGGGAAGAAGAUUAUAGUGAUGGGCAUUGUCGAAUUGGAGCCAGACAGCUUUGACGUGAGCUUAACCUGCGGCCGUGACUCGGAGAAGGAGGAGACUCUGCAUGACGUGGCCCUGAAACUCACCGCGCGCUUCACCGACCGCCAGUUCCUGCGCUGCGCCUGCAUCUCUGGGAAGUGGACACAGGAGGAAGUGUCCACCGACUACUUUCCCUUCAUCCCCGAUCAGCCUUUUAGGAUCGAGAUCCACUGCGAGCACCAGAGGUUCCGGAUAUUUGUGGACGGACACCAGCUCUUUGACUUUUAUCACAAAGUAAAAUCUUUGUCCUCUAUCGACACGACAUCCCGUCAGUCUCUGAGGAGAGUUUGCCAGACCAGCUUCCCAGUGUGGAGGAAAAUGAGACCCGUGACUCUCAGCAGGUCAAACAGGAGCAGGUGGAUUGGUGUAUAGGUCCACACGUGGAGGCCCUUACUUCCAACGAUGCUGAAGUCAGACAUCCUAAAUCGGAACCAACGGCUAACUGUGAGCUGUUCCCGUCUUUCACGGCUGAAACUGUGAGCGUAAACGCAAACAUAGAUGACCAAUGGAAUGAACCAGAUGAUACGUCGUCGCCUUGUCACAGUCAGCAGGUGCAUCGGUGUAUCAUUCCAGACCUGAAGGGUGACUUGUCCCAGGAUGUAAAUGUCAGACUAAUUGAAUCAGAUAACACUGCUGAGUCAGACUGCCAGCUCUUCCCAACUUUCGGCACUAUACCUCUAUACCUGAAUGAUGAUCGAUGGAAUGGGGGUCCCAGUGACGCUGCUUUAACAGAGCAGGAACCCGCCCAGAGGGACGAAAAGGCUUGCCGUUUCUGUGGCAAGCAGUUUAACAGGGACUCUGAUCUGAUAAGACACGUUUAUAAGAUUCAUAUGACUGCGAAGGCCUUUAAAUGCUCUGAAUGUGACAAGGAGUUUUCGUGUAGGGGCCAUCUGGUUGCACAUUCAAGAAUUCACAGAGGUGAAAAACCACACAAGUGCUCUUUCUGUAGGAAGUCAUUUGCUCAAAGGUCAAAUCUCAAUGUUCACCUGAGGUUGCACACAGGGGAAAAGCCAUAUUUUUGCAAAACGUGCGGCAAAAUGGUUGCCUAUAGUUACCAUCUCCAAACGUGUGGUAUGAAGGAGCAAAAAGGGAAGAAGUCAUUUUGCUGUUUGGUUUGUGGUAAACAAUUUCACUCAGCUUCGAAACUGGGGGUCCAUAAGAAGAACCAUGAAGAAAGGAAACCCCACACUGUUUUGUAGUCCUUUUGCCUGAUCAUCAGACUGAAUUGACAUAUGUUUCACAUCAUUCAUUCAUUUUCUAUUUAUCAUUUGAGUCUCAGGGCAAAUGAAAAAUGUAGCCAGCGAUUCACAGGUCUGGAGGACGAAGACAAACAAUCACAGACGCCUAAGAAUAUGUCUUCCGUUGCAGACCUCAACCUUAUUCAGUCCAGAUCUCUGACCAGUUCAAGCCUGACCUUUUAGUUCCUGUUACCGCUCAUGAGUCAUGGUUAUUGCACUUCUUCGUAAAUAAAAUAAACAUUUUUUU